UCCUCCGGUAUAUAAUUUGUAGUGUACGCUUUGUUUGUGUACUUGUUCCUAGUUUAAUAGACAGAUGUUUGUCAGAGGUAUUUAGCGAAUGUACGUCUAAUAAGACCGGAGCUGCUGUUUCUGUUGCGGCUGAACAUGGAGGAGCAGCAGAGUCCGGACACUGCCGGAGGAGCAGCGUCUGUUGAAACCGAGGAGGUGGGAAAGGAGAAGCCGGCAGAUACGGCAGCUCCAGAUGCAGCAGAGGAGGAAGAUGAGGAGGCUCUUCCUCAUUCAGAGAUCCUGGAUAUUUUCGAGGAGGGACUCGCUCGACUCGUGCAGGACCCUUUACUGUGUGACCUGCCAAUUCAGGUGACCCUGGAGGAAGUUAAUUCUCAAAUUGCUCUGGAGUAUGGCCAGGCAAUGACCGUUAGGGUUUUGAAAGCGGAUGGUGAAGUAAUGCCCAUCGUGGUUGUGCAAAACGCUACUGUCCUUGAUCUGAAGAAGGCCAUUCGCAGAUUCAUGGAGCUGAAGCAGCAACGUGAAGGAGGAGUGAAACAUGUCAGCUGGAGAUAUGUGUGGAGGACGUAUCAUUUAGUAUUUCAGGGGGAAAAGCUUGAGGAUGACAAGAUGAGGCUUAAAGACUAUGGGAUCAGGAACAGAGAUGAAGUGACGUUCAUGAAGAGACUGAGAAAGAAAUGAAAUGUCACAAAAAAAACCAAAACAAAACACCAGUUUCUGCGGUGUGUGCUGGUGACACCAGUUGCACUGACUUGAAAUGACUUUGACAGUCAGUCAAGUAUUCAUGAUAAUACAACUUGUUUUAUUUAGUUCCCUUUUAUUGUUUAUUGUUUAUUUUUCUUGAUAUUUUUUGUAUAAUUGUCUGCAAAUAUUAAAAUAAAUGACAGUAUUUUA